AUGCGGCAGAAGGCAGUAUCGCUCUGUCUGUGCUACCUGCUACUCUUCGCCAGUGGCCAAGUGGAAGCAGGAAAAAAACGCUCGGAGGACUCAGACGGCAGUGACUCCGGGUUAUGGGGUGCUCUGCCCUACAUGGCGAUUGGAGGAGGGCUCAUGGUGGCAGGGCUGCCCCUGCUAGGCUUCACUGGCGCUGGCAUCGCCGCCAACUCCGUCGCCUCCUGGAUGAUGAGCUGCUCUGCGGUGCUGAACGGCGGCGGCGUGCCUGCCGGGGGAGUGGUAGCCACAAUGCAGAGCCUCGGGGCUACUGGCAGCACUUCCCUCAUGGCCAAGGUCGGGGCCUUUCUGGGUUACAACGUCUAUAACACCAUCAAGAGUAAAGAUGAUGAGGAGGAUUAG